UCAGGAGGCUGGGCAGAGGUUUUGCAACAUAAGACACAGUUUCACAUGAGACUGCAACUAUUUUUUCGGCGAAGAAUCAGAUUACACAUGCUAUUCUUGACUUUAGCUUAUAAAAGAGAGCUUCAUGUUGCGGCUGAUGGGAGGAAGAAGAAUCAAACAAAUAUAUCUUGCAGAUUAGAGGAGACGCUUGACAGUUUACUGUGAAAACAGGACACACCCCGAGGGAGUGCAGUUCACUCAUACACACACUCCCUGAAAGCACUGCUUUCCAUGUACAAAUGGCGGCAGUCUCAGACUACCAGCGACACUAUAAUGUAAAAGAUGAGGCGGACGGUGAAGACAUGCAGUCUGACGAGGGUACGGAGUGGCUCAUGGAGCUGCUCACCGAUGUGCAGCUCCAGCAGUAUUUUCUGCGUAUCCGUGACGACCUCAAUGUCACACGUCUCUCACACUUUGACUAUGUCAAAAAUGAGGACCUUGAAAAGAUCGGCAUGGGCCGCCCAGGUCAGAGACGGCUGUGGGAGGCAGUGAAAAGGAGAAGGGCCAUGUGCAAACGGAAGUCAUGGAUGAGCAAGUCUCUGUGCUUGGGCCAGCAGGUGUUCACCGGGAAGCGUCCUGACUCCGAUUCCCAGACUCCAGCCGUGUUCCGCAGCUCAUCCCCAUCAUCAGCUCAACCAGACGGUCAGCCAGCCGAUCUCACCUGCCUCAUCAGUGACAGAGACCUCACCCUCUACGAGAAACUGGGAGACGGCUCCUUCGGAGUGGUGAAACGUGGAGAAUGGCAAGCCCCCUCUGGAAGAGUGCUGAGUGUGGCUGUAAAGUGCCUGAAGACAGACCUGUUGGACCAGCAGGGUGAAGGUCUAGAUGACUUCAUAAGGGAAGUUAACGCCAUGCACUCCCUGGACCACCACAAUCUCAUUCGUCUAUAUGGUGUUGUCCUCACACACCCCAUGAAGAUGGUGACAGAACUUGCCCCAUUGGGUGCUUUGUUGGACCGCCUGAGGAAGCGUCAGGGUCAUAUAUUGAUAGCGGUGCUGUGCCACUAUGCUGUUCAGAUCUCCUGUGGCAUGGCCUACCUUGAGUCCCGACGAUUCAUUCACAGAGACCUGGCUGCACGCAACAUCCUGUUAGCCUCCAACGACCUCAUCAAGAUCGGUGACUUCGGCCUAAUGAGAGCUUUACCUAAAAACGAUGAUCAUUACGUGAUGCAGGAGCAUCACAAAGUCCCUUUUGCCUGGUGUGCUCCAGAGAGCCUGAAGACCCGUACCUUCUCCCAUGCCAGUGAUACCUGGAUGUUUGGAGUAACAUUGUGGGAAAUGUUCACUCACGGGCAGGAACCAUGGGUUGGACUCAAUGGUAGUCAGAUUCUCCAUAAGAUCGAUAGGGAGGGAGAGAGGCUUAUCAAACCGGAGGACUGUCCGCAGGACAUUUAUAACGUCAUGCUGCAGUCCUGGUCGCCCAAACCCGAGGACAGGCCGACAUUUGUGUCCCUCAGGGACUUCCUUGUGGAGACAAUGCCCACUGACAUGAGGGCACUGCAGGACUUUGAUGAACCAGACAAACUUAAAAUUCAUGCCAAUGACAUCAUCACUAUCAUUGAGGGCAGAGCAGAGAACUAUUGGUGGAGAGGUCAGAAUAGACAGACUCUGAAGGUGGGACAGUUCCCGAGGAAUGUGGUGACCUCUGUGGCUGGUCUGUCUGCUCACGACAUCAGCCGACCUCUCAAGCACAGUUUCAUCCACACAGGCCAUGGAGACACAGACCCACUCCGAAGUUGGGGCACCCCUGACAAGAUCGAUGAUCUGUACCUUGGUAAUCCCAUGGAUCCUCCAGAUGUUCUUGGGAUGGAUUCAAAUGCGGCCAAGCCCACUAAACUUCCAAACCGGGCUAAAAAACAACCUCCCCCCAGACCUCCUAAACCAGCAGUUCUUCUUAAGAAACCAUUUUACGACUCUGUACUGGACAAUGAUGAUGAUCUGAUAGUGACGGGUGUGAAGAAACUCUCGCUUAAGACUCCCACGUACCUGGGUUUACGCCCCUGGCCUUGGGAAAGCAUUACUCCGAGUGACCGCCUUAGCGAAGUCUCACUCAUUGACUUUGGAGACGAUAGUUUUAGCUCUACAUCACCUUCACCCAUUACCGAGACGCCCAACCCCAGCACAGCGAAACCACCUGCAUCUUACGCCGCAUCUAUCUUAGAUAUGGCGCCACCGCAGAGCCCCAAUCGAGCCCUGCCCAACCCCAUGCACCCUACUCCUGUGGUGGAUUGGGAUAUGCGGCCCCUACCUUCUCUUCCGGCAUAUGACGAAGUUUCCUUGGAGUGUGCUGAGCAGGAAGACAUGGAAGUGAGCUCCAUAAAUGCAUCUGCGGCGGUGCAGGAAGACACUGUAUCUGAACAGACACAAUCAGAGGAUGACAUUAAAGUCGAUGGUAAAUGCAAUGUGGAGGACAACCUCUUUCUACCAUUCAAGCAUGGUGAGGAAUCCCACUCGUUUUCGCAAUCAGCAGACAUCUUCAAGGAGCUACAAAGGGAGGUGAUGGUGAAGCUUCGGGUCCCUCCGACCGGACGUUCCCUCCCUUCUUCACCCCUCCCGACUCCUUCAGCUCUCGCCCCGCACCGACAGAUCAUCCUGCCCUCCUCCUAUGAGGACAGGCCUCAAAUCCCUCCAAGAAUCCCAAUCCCACCCAUGCGGCCCUCUAAGCGGGCAGGAAUAUAUGGCAGCAGACUAUCGGUUUCUCUUGGAGACCAAGAAGACGUGAGCCGCUGUCCGCCUCAGAUACCCCCAAGGGAUCACGCUCUAUCUCAGCCGAACUCUCGGGCACCGAGCCCUAUGGUGCAGCAAGGCGGCUCCCCUCAACAGAGAUCCAGCCUCUGUUGCGUCGGAUCAUUGGGCUCCUGCCUAUCCCCGUCGUCAUAUUCCUCUGCGCCAUCCAGCUCCUCCAUCACAUCAUCUACGUCAACCGCCACCACUGCAAGUUCUCAGUACGGAUCUACUGAAGUGGGCCAGACUCCGGCUAAGAGUCCCUGCAUCCUCCCUAUCGUGUAUGGUGGUGUGAAGGCCAGCAGCACUCAUUACUACUUGCUACCUGAGAAACCGGCAUACCUGGACAAGUACGAGAGGUUCUUGAAGGACUCAGAGGGAAACACUGAGAAAAAACCCACAAAUAUGGCCACAGUGAGGCCUAUGGUUCAUCAGCAAGUCAACAAGCUCAGUUCUUCCACCGGCCACACUAGUAACAGCGAGACUUCCAACAGUCUGGCCUGGCCGAGCAGCACCCAAGCAGGUGCCUUCAACCGUGUCACGAUACAACAAGUGCAGGAGGCGGUACAUGGAGUGACUGUAGAGGAGUGUCAAACGGCCCUUCAGACACACAGCUGGAACUUUCAGGAGGCCGUGAAAUAUUUGAAGGUGGAGCAGUUGUUCCGACUGGGUUUGAAGGCUCGGCCUGAAUGCGUAGAAGCUCUGGAGAGGUGUGGCUGGAAUCUGGAGCAGGCCAGCACUCAAAUGCUGGACUCCUACGGUCCAUCUAGACAAAGGUUCUAAUGGCAGGAAAAGGAAGAACAGAGCAGAUCUCCUUUCCAGCGAAGCAAUGAGAAUCGAUCCACUGAGAAUUCAGCUCUUUGACUGUGGACCAGUUAUACAAUUGAUGUUUGUUAAUAGAUUAUGCAGGUCAUUUGAAUAUUCAUUGCCUAACUGCUUAUAAUCAAUACAAGCAAAAUGCAAAAUUCACUUACUUGAAGUACAACAAGUGCAAUGUGAACAGUUAUAAAUGAACCAUGUACAUCAGAUUGUGUUUGUAUAUUUUGCUUAAGUUUUAAAAUAGAGAAAAGUUAGCUUUUCACUGCAUCAAAUGUGACUUUACACUACUGCAUUCAGCCUGUGAAAUGUUUGUAGUUUAUUUAUUCUGAAUAUUUUAUGCAGGGGUGUAGGAACCAUCUGAAAAGUGGGGACAUAAUUUAAAUCUUAUCAGCACUGCUCAAUAUUAAUUAAGUGAUGUGAUUUGUAAUGGUUGCUACAUCCCUUAUUUUAUGUAAAGAUAUUGCAGGGUAUACUGGUCAGACAUUAUAAG